GAGUCGCGGGACGGGCUGCUGCUGAGACAGAAACUUAACUUAAUGGAUAAUAAGAGUAAAAAAACGCCCGGGUGGCGCUGAGAAGCAUCGGGAAAAAAAGCAGAAGUCUCUGGAGGUGGAGGCUGCUAAAUGUGCCAAACUGACGGACGUAUGUGGUGCCGGGUUCACCAGCCCAGCAGCAGCAGGUGCGCCGGGAGACGAGCGAGGAGGACUCGACAAUGAUGAGCGAGUGGAGGCAGACAUUGAGAAAGUGAGGAGAAUCUUUUGGGCACCAUGGACGAUGACUUUGACCGCCGCAUGGAGCUGAGGAGACAGAGGAGAGAGCAGAUGCGUGUCGAUUCUGAAAAGCCGGGUAACACCAACGAUGAUGACGAGGAGGAAGCACGAGAGCAAAGGAGACGUGCGAGAGAGGACAGGAAGAAGAUGAGGGAGCCUGAGGAGUCUGAUAUUACUGAUACUAUCAACAGUAACAGUGUUGAAGAGAACGAAUCCCCCUCCACACCCACUGACACCAUCGAUGCUGGAGGUGCAGAUGAUGACCAGGCUUUGCUGGAGCGCCUCGCCAAGAGGGAGGAGCGCAGGCAGCAGAGAAUGAAGGAGGCGAUGGAGAGACAGAAAGAGUUCGACCCCACCAUCAGCACCGCUGACGGCACAGACGGCCCACCUGAAGAGGCGUCCUCCUUUAGCAACAGCAGCAGGCAGCAGCAGGCAGAGGAAGAGGAAGAGAAGGAGGAGGAGGAGGAGGAGCAGGUGGCAGAGGCGGACAUUAACUCCUGGAAGAAAGAGGAUGAGGAGGAAGUAGAGAAGGAGGAGAUUGACGCUGAAACAAAUGAAGAGGUUGAUCAAGGAAAAGAAGAGGAAGCUGUUCCCGAUGUUGACAAUGAGCAAGAAGAAAGGAAGAGGAAAGAAGAGGAGGAAAGACAGCAAAAAGAAAUGGAAGAAAAGCUAAGAAUAGAGGAGAAGGAGAGGCAACAAAGGGAAAUGGAGGAAAAGCUGAAGAGAGAGGAAGACGAGAGGCAGCAAAAGGAGGAGGAGGAGAGGAAGAAGCGGAAAGAGGAGGAACAACAGAAACAAAUGGAGGAGAGGCUGAGAGAGGAGGAAGAAGAAAAACUGAAAAAAGAGAUGGAGGAAAAAGAAGAGAAGGACACACAGAACAGGGAGAUGGAUGGGAGACAGAAGAAAGAGGAGGAGGAGAAGCGGCAAAAGGAAAUAGAAGAGCGGCUGAAAAAGGAAGAGGAAGAAAAACACAAAAAGGAGAUGGAAGAAAAGAAGAAGAAGGAUGAGGAAGAAAAGCGGAGGAAAGAAAUGGAGCAGAAGAAGUUAAAGGUAGAGGAGGAAAACAAGAAGAAGAAGGAGCUGGAAGAAAAGAAAAAGAAGGAGGAGGAGGAAAAGCGGAAAAGGGAGGCAGAGGAUAAAAAGAAAAAAGAGGAGGAGGAUAAACGCAAAAAGAGAGAGAUGGAGGAAAAAAAGAAGAAAGAGGAGGAGGAAAAGCUUAAAAGAUUUGGUCUUAAGGAAAAGAAUGAACCAACCAAACAGAACGGAUCCUUCAUUGAGAACAAGCUCAAGAAAACAGAGAAGACGUCAAGGGACAAUGCUCCGUCCACGAAGGCAGACGACGUGGAGCGAAAGGAGGCUGAACAUAAGCUGCAGGAGCUGAAGCGCCGGCGAAACGACGCAGAGAACGAAGAGUUUGAGAAGAUGAAGCAGAAGCAACAGAACUCAGAAGCCGAGCUGGAGGAGCUGAAGAAGAAGAGAGAGGAGAGGAGGAAGAUCCUGGAGGAGGAGGAGAAGCAGAAGAAACAGGAGCUGGAGGACAAGAAAGCCAAAGAGCAGGAGGAAAGGAAGAGGAUGAAAGAGGAGAUAGAGAAGAGGAGGGCAGAGGCUGCAGAGAAGAAGAAACAGAAAGAGGAGGACACCUCAAAACCUUCCUUUGCUAUCAGUCCCAAAGGCUCCUCCAAGAUUGGAGAGAAGGCAGAAUUCUUGAGCAAAUCAGCCCAGAAAAACACUGCAGCAAGAGUGUCACACUCUCCACUUGUGUCCAAGAUAGGCAACAGACUUGACCAGUACACUUCUGCAAUACAGGGUAACAAAGAAGGCAAAUCCCCAAAGUCUCCUCUGGCAGAUAUUCCUACAGGAGGCACACGCAGCAUCAAGAGCAUGUGGGAGAAAGGCAACGUCGGCGGCUCCUCUGAAAGUCCAGCCCCUGCCAACAAGGACUUGGCUUCUAUCAGAGGAGGUGUGGCUGGACGUGUCAACAGCUGGAUGGCAAAGCCUGCAGAGCCAGAGAAGUCGACACCUGCACCUGCACCUGCACCUGUAGCAGCAGCAGCAGCAGCAGCUGCUCCACCCGCAGCAGCAAAGCCGGCAGAAGUGAAACCAGGUGACAUUGGUAACAAGCGCGGCAUGUGGGAAACCAAGAAAAGCUCUGCACCUGCCAAGGUGGCAGUUGUAGGAAAGGGCAAGUUUGUCACAAAUGCAGGUGUAAGACCCUAACGAGUGACCCCAUCAUAUCAAUCCAACCUGACCAAACACAAGGCUACUCUGCUCCUGUAUGUGCUUCCAUUCCCCUUCAACACGCCUGUAGUUUAAGUUCCGAGUGAGAGAAAGACGAGGGGCCGGGACGAGUGACGAGAGACGUUAGGGUUACAGCUUCCAUUUUCAGAGUAUAUGAGUCAGCUCAUAUAAAACUAAAAAUCUAUUAAUUUUGUAUCGAUUUGAUUGGUUUUGAUCUUUUGAUCUUUUUCAUAGAGAAAUUUGAAGAUGUCAUAUUAAACCACACCUUAAAGGAUUGAUAGCUCAUGAGAUAGAUUUCAUCCUUAUUGUUCCUCAAAAACUUUAAAUUCAAGCUUUAUCGAAAUUCAGAUCGUCGUCAAGACACUGACCCACCUAAUUAGAAGCAUUUCUGUUAUGUUGUCCUACACACUCACUGCUUUUUUUGGAUUAUAGUCACAGUUUUAACUCCAUAGAAAGCCUGUACAUAUUUAAUUUGUUUCAGUAGUCAGCCACUUUAUAAUGAGGGCCUCUUUAAUGAAGAAGGUUUCUAAACAGAGAAAUGCAUUGAGUAGUGGCUAAUACAUCAUUUACUGUUGCUUUAUCGAUCAGUUGUAAGUCCUAACUGUGCUGUUUUAUACUAGUGACACAGUUUUUGUGCCACUUUCUAAUCAGGAAUGUCUUAUCAAAGAUUUAUUUGUUGCAAAUGAAGACUUAGUAAACAACAUACGAAUGCAUUAUAGAUCAGUUAUAAGGUGGAUCGGACAGUCAGUCCUGAGUGAAUCUCAACAUCUACUGGAUCGUUUGUUGUGAGAUGGUGUACAGACGAGGUUCAUGGUUCCCAGAGGAUGAAGCCUGCAGACCUUGGCGAUCCCUGGUGUUGAUCAGCAUUUAGUAAUGAGUGAAACGGACCCAACAACACCUCUAACUUUCCAUCUAGUGUCAAUGUAAAGGUCAAAAAGGUCAAUAAAGUUAAUAAGGUAAAUAAGGUUACCUUAAAGGAUAAUUCUCCAAAACUUUGGUUUAUAAGCAAAUGCCUGCAAAGAAGUCAAAUUCCCAUAAUCCUCAGCGGUAACAUUCUUUUAUGUUAAAGAGCUCAAAUAAAAUGAUGAGUGGGUGGAUUACUGUUGUAUUGAUGUAGUCUAUAUGUCUUAUAACCAAUUGAGUUAUUAAUGGAUUACAUACAUUCAUAACUAACAUAUUUAUAAAUAGAAACAAUAAAACCAGUCAACAGGUUAUUUUAAAACAUGGAAACCUAAAACCUGUUCUAUUUAACGACCUAUAACUGAUAUAUAAAGCAUUGGUAAAAAGACUAUUAAUAAAGCUAUCUGUUUCCUUACACAGGAUCCUUAGAGCAGAACAUAAUAUCAGUGACUCAUUCUUCCCAGAGCCACAGCCAGAGUAUAAGAGUUACAACAAUUAAAAGCAUGACAAUCAUUCUGUCAACAAUUCCUGGUAAUUUUUUAUUUUUGACUUGUGGCAGUUUAACAAUCACAUUAUUGUGUCGUAUGAGCACAAGAGAAAGUCAAGUAAAUCAUGUGCAAGAGAGAAAACCACUGUAAUAUCAAAUCAGUGAUCAGUCAGAACCUAUGCUUAUCCAUAAUCAGAUUACAUGCCACUGCCUUUGCAUGACAACUGCAUUAUGCUUUCAAGUUUGAAUAUUUGCUAAAGUGAACUUAAAUUGUGGCCUGGUGUUUCUAUCAGUGCACACAAGUUGAAAUCUGCCAAAUUGUAUUGUGAGUCUCAUGCAAUAUUGUUGGUUUGAAUGUUUGAAGUUAUUGUUUGUGCUUGCUUCAGCA